CGCCAGUGACAUCUCAUGAGGGACCUCUAUACACGAUCAGCGAGCACACAGCCUCUGGAAAGCAAAUAAAAGCAGCCUCCCGCCUCUCCUACAACCUGAGCACUAGAACUGCCCUGUCGACUUCCCCAGCUCCUUCUCUUCCGUCUGCACGUUUCGAUCUUCGCAGACCAUGGCCUGGGGUCUUCCAACCUGGCUGGUGGGCUCUGCCUCCUCUAAUCCCUCUCUACCACAAUCAUCGAACCUCCCCCCGCGAUCGAAAGACGGCGGCUACGUGGCGCCCGACCGCACGUCUCGCGAACAAUGCUACGAGUCCCGCGAUAUUUUCUUCCAGUGCCUAGAUCGGCACGACAUAUUAGACGCCGUCAAGGAGGACGAGAAGGCACGGAAGGUCUGUCCGGCGGAGGUGGCCGCCUACGAGAAGGACUGUGCGAGAAGUUGGAUCAAAUACUUUAAGGAGAAGAGAGUCGUGGAUUACAAACGAGAUCGCACGUUAGAGCAGAUUGCAAAAGAAGACGCCGCGGCUGCUGCAAAGGCAAAGUCCGAGAGAAAAGGCAAGUCAUGGUUCGGGUGAAGGAACAGGUGGAUGUGCUGGGUUUGCAUACGGCUUGGACGAGGUUUGCCACGGGCUCGCGAGCAUGUAAGAGUCACCUGCGUGUUUCGGCGAUAUGGUAUGCCAAAGAUGGGACCUCGGUAGCUCGAGAGAGUUGACCGUGCUGGUCCUAAGGAGAGGACCGCCCAACAUUUCAGCCUAUAUUGAUGAAGAGAAAUGUACAGACAGGGCUGGGGAUGUACAAUAAGAAAGAAUUGCAUAGCGCGGACUCGGAAAAUCACCUGCGUUUCGGUUUGACGGUGGGAAGGGCUUUCUGAAUAAAUAUCUUCACUCGUG